GCAUGUCCAAGCCCAGCGACCACAUCAAGCGCCCCAUGAACGCCUUCAUGGUGUGGUCCCGCGGCCAACGGCGCAAGAUGGCCCAGGAGAACCCCAAAAUGCACAACUCGGAGAUUAGCAAGCGGCUGGGCGCGGAGUGGAAGUUGCUCUCCGAGGCGGAGAAGCGCCCGUACAUCGACGAGGCCAAGCGGCUGCGGGCGCAGCACAUGAAGGAGCAUCCCGACUACAAGUACCGGCCCCGGCGCAAGCCCAAGAACCUGCUGAAAAAGGACAGGUAUGUCUUCCCUUUGCCUUACCUCGGGGAAACAGAUCCCUUAAAGGCCGCCGGGCUUCCCGUGGGGGCCACUGACUCGCUGCUGAGCUCCCCGGAGAAGGCCAGGGCUUUCCUGCCUCCCACCUCAGCACCUUACUCCUUACUUGACCCCAGCCAGUUCAGCUCCAGCGCCAUUCAGAAGAUGACUGAGGUUCCUCACACCUUAGCCACCAGCACCCUGCCCUACGCCUCCACCUUGGGAUACCAGAACGGGGCGUUCGGCAGCUUGAGCUGCCCCAGCCAACACACCCACACUCACCCCUCGCCAACUAACCCGGGCUAUGUCGUGCCAUGUAACUGUACCGCUUGGUCGGCCUCCAGUUUGCAACCUCCAGUUGCCUACAUAUUAUUCCCAGGCAUGACCAAGACUGGGAUAGACCCCUAUUCUUCAGCACACGCGACUGCCAUGUAACACCCACACCCACCGACCCAC